AUGGGUCUCUGCAAAAACUUACUUCUCUGCUUGGCAGUAUGUUGCUGUGUGGUCGCCGCCGGCGAGGCCAGGGAAUUUCCCCCGACGUCUGACUUUGUUCCGGACCUGUAUGUAGGGACCUGCCGGCAGUCAAUUGGGGAGGUCCGCCUACGCUGCUCUACUGAGAUUGUUAAUUCUUUCCGUAGUGAGGGACAGGGUCUCAGCCCUUGGUGCUGCGAAGCCAUCGACGCUGUCUCCCCGGAGUGCUGGCAGGCGAUGCUCCCCGUCCUUGGAUUUUCGCCGGACAAUGACGCCGCGGUCGAAGGUUUAUGCAAGAUUCCAUCCGUUCGAGCUCCGGUGGUGUCUCCUGCCGGUGGCUAUUAG